GAUCUUUUAGAAAUUCUGUUUUGGCGUUGAUUGUGCGAACUAUCCCAUCUGACUUUUCGGCUUGCCUCAAAUUUUAUUUUCUUUCUUGUGCAAACUGACUGCCUUUCUUCUGCAGCAACUCACUGAAAAUUUGGCCUUUGCCUUUCGAUCGGCUUCCUUGUUGUCAAGUCUUCGUCGUUGUUAUGCGAUACCUUGAGACUCUUUUUGCACGUCAUCUCGACGCAUGAAAGCUUUUGAUUUUAUGCUGUCAUUGGCAAUAUGUGAGCGACAUCAAUCUGUACCGGGCAUAUAAUACACCUCAGUGCCAAACUUGCAAGAGCCCUGACCUCUACGUGUAAGGAUACCAGUGACCACAAGUCCGUACUGCGCUCUCAAUGUGGUCAAUGUGAUAGUAAAUUGCCCCGCCUAACGUGGUAGAUUAUUAACCAAUACCAUGCAAAAGCUUCCAUGAAGCUGGUUGCAUGCAGUGACGAGAUCGCCUGUGUCGCGUCUCUUCAUAAGUUUCUUCACUGAUCCCACGAAGAUAAUAGCUCCAUUUAAUUACAUGCUCUCCUCAUGAUGCUCGGCUCCUUGCUUCUGGCCUUAUGAGAUCGCUUCUCGUGAUUAAUGAUGGCUAAAGUUACGGAAAAUUGACCAGUUUUGUUGCAGUAAAAGUGAGUGAUGGUCGAGAUAAGUUCUUUGCAUGCUUGGUCCUUUGAAUGAAGAGAGUGACACGAUCGAAAGGGCAAGUGAGAAGUUUGUGGACUGAAAACUGAGGCACGCGUUCAUGAACUCUAGAAAAUUCAUGAACUUUCUUUUCACGAAAGUUCAAAUAAUAUAAAUCUAAUUUCUUAAUGUAUUCUCAAGGUUAAUUUCCUGAUUUCUAUUUCUUUGCAGAUUUCAGAGGUUGUAAAAAAUUGGUUCUUUCACAAUUUAUUUUUUUAGUUAACUUGAUGAAAAAUAGUCGUUUGGUGCUGGAGUUCCCUAGGUUAUGGGCUCAGUCGCAUGACUGUUUUUCUACUUAUAUUCUACCGGACAUAAAUUCCCAGCCAUGGGCACCAUGCAAGCUUGCGUCGUUUGCUCCUCCAGCGAAGAUGUCAACAAAGACAUGUUUAGUCAGUUGUUCGAGAGCGAGCGAGGAGCGGACAUCACGCUACUGGUGGGGUCGGAGAACGCCAUGGAGCGCAUACCCGCCCACUCGUGGGUGCUCAGUCACAGCAACGACUACUUCAGGAGCUUACUCGUGGGACCCCUUCGCAACCCUUCCCAGAACACCUUCACUAUUCCUGAUGUCCAUCCAUCACAUUUUAUUAACCUCAUCAGGUGGUUAUACGGAUGUGGAUGUGUUGCGGAAGGCACCCAGUCUGCCCUGGGGACGCUGAAGGUGGCCAUCGAGUUCCUGUGUCCGGAACUGGUGCUCCACAUCGUCGACCACCUCUCCAGGAAACUCAAGCCUUCCAACGUGCUCCAGAUCCUCGCUUGGGCAGACCUCUACGCCCCUAACACCCUUCCCUCUGCACCUCCUCUCUGUAACGAUCCUCGUGACAACAUCCAAGGUGAUUGUCAACGCCUUUAUCCGUCCCUUAACCCUCCAUCAAAAGCAUUUCACGUCUCCAUGUCUGAACCACAUCAUCUCGGACAUCAAUGUAAGCCCUCACUACACCGCUUGAAAUCCGCUCCUGGUCGCAUUAUUGUAGCCGACCCAACCGAAGCGUGCGCGAUCCUUGUUCGCAAUUGCUGGUCUCAUAUUAACGCCCAUGCCGUCGAGGUUUUAUCCUCGGAGAAUCUUGAGUCAAUUCCGCACUCGCUUCUCCUCAAAGUCCUGAGAAGCGACUCGCUCGUCGUCCCCGACGAGUCGUUGAUCCUGGAUGCGAUGUUUCGUUGGUCGAGUGCGCAAUGCCGCAGGGAACACCAGCCGAUGACGCUCACGGGACGUCGGCAAGUUUUGGCUGACAUCCUCACCACCCCAAGACUACUGACCCUAUCCGCGCAACAGGUGCAUCUGAUGGAGAAAUUCUACACCAGCGAAGAAAUUGAGUUUGUCAAACAGAAAAUCAAGAAGAAAAGCUCGUGUCCGAAUGUCCCCAGCUUGUUCCACGAUGUCGUCAACGAAAUGGCCCGACCUCGCAAUCAAGUCAACAACGGUUCUCACGGAGCCCCUGAUGGCAGAAGACAGAAAAAUACAAAGAAGGACUUUAUCAUGAAUUUUGUUUCAAUCAUCGCACUCGCCAUCGACUGACGGAGGACACCGUCCAUGUUCGAUUCUUGUUGCCAUCGAUUGGGAGUUUUGCCAUGGAAUAUUGACUGGAGUCUUCAUCCUGUGAUCUUAGCUUUUAGUUAAAUUUACUAUAAGAGGAGCUUUGUCUUAUUUUAAAUUUUUGUUGAUCUCAUUAUUGUGAAGUAUUUAAGUUCCUUCUUCUGAGUACUCUCACCCCAGAAGGCCAGUGUUCCCACUAUGAACAACUUUUAUCUCUUCUUUUUGACUGCAUUUUUGAUAAUUCUUAUUUACUUGUCAUUAUCUCUCACCAUUGCCUUGAUAGAUCACCAUUGUUCACUAUAUAGUCCACUGUUAACUACUAUCCAUUGUGAACUACUGUUUGUCACAUUCAAUAAUAACCCACAAGUGUGUUCCUUAUUCGAUAACUCUCAUAAGUCCCUUAUCAUGCCCGAAUUUUCUUAUUGCAUUUUUUAGUAACCAGAAAACACUCAUUUGAUUUAGCGGAGCUCUUGCCUGUAGUGGCCCUAACAUUAACUUGUAGCUCGCAUCACUUUCGCAAGUGCAGUGGAAAAAUACGAAAUUUUAUCUGUAGAAACAUUACGCCUUAUCUUGCCUUUUAGGAUUAAACACGUAGCAUUUAAGCUCAUCUAAAUAUUUGACGAUUUAUUUGAUUGCUAAUAUAUGUUUAUUCUUUCCAAGAAUUUAAAAGCAAAUGAAGGCCAAGCAAAUUCACUCUAUUUCUGUUGCAACUUUUUACGAGACCAGCGCCAUCAUCAGAUCAAAACUCCAGGAAUACAAACGUCAUUAUUGGAAUAACUUAAUUUACAAUGAAGUCAUGAACAUGAAAACUUAUUGUUGAAUUGUUAGUAGAAAGAUUUUAAUGUUAUUUACUCCGUAAUCUGGCUCUUAAAUUCUUGGUUGAUUUGCGAUUUCAGCAAUCAAAUGAUACAAAUAUGUAUACGUUUUCAAUUGCAAGUUAUCCAUUGACGAUUGGUUUUGAACUAACAAAUUUCUAUUGAAAUUGAUAAGUUGUGAUUUGAGACUAUCUAAAAUGAUUGUUGUAGCUGUAAGCAUACAUUGGAGGCAAUUUUAUUCUUAUGUAAAUUUAUGGAAAUUUAUGUUUCGAUUUUCUGUUAUUUACAUACCUGAUAAGGUAUGUAAUAAAAAGGCCGACCAUAUACGAUUCGUCGCAGCUUUACGAAUUUACGACUGAUUCACACUGUUGAACAAUUCAGGAAUCGUCUGAGAAAAUUUUUCUCACGAAUGACCGUUCUCAAAAAUUGGUAGUAAAGCUGCGAAUGGAGUUACUGAUAAAUUUAUUUAAUCCGUUAUAUGUAAACAGGAAGCUCUUGAUUUAGUUUCAAUCUUUCAAGUACUUUCGAAUUUCUCUAAGUCUUUAGCAACACAUCUUGAUACAUUCCACUGAUUUGUGACGAAAUAUCAAUUGUAUAAUAUUUAUUGUGUUUAUGUGGAUGCUCUAAUACUCAGUCAUGCAACUGCCUUGCCAUCGUCUCGUUGCUGCUAGCCGGGAUCGGCUGCCAUAUUUAGAUUGCUCAUAAACUAAAGGAAGUAGUACGAUUGCUUAGGAGAGGACGAAACUAAUAAGUCUGUCUUAGUUAGCUCAGUUGUUGGACAUAGGAACUAAAUAUCAACUAAUUCAUGAAAACUCGUUCAAAUUUUUCAAGUAUAAAACCGUCCUCACGCGUGUCCAACAAGUUCAGUUAUCGGAUCGUUACGUUCGACCAGCGAAUCAAAUGGAAAAUUUGUCGCGUUAAGGAGCGUAUAAAAGCAUUUAUGGUUAUGAUUGUCGUGAGGUCUAAACGUUAAAAUUAAAGAAAUUGUGAAUGGUAAUAUUUUCUACCUAUUAUCCCAUGCCUCAAAUUUGAUUAGUUUUUGUUAUAAGAUAUCUUACUUGUGAUGUGCCUUUGUAUUACAUAUUCACUUUGAGCG